UGGGCAAAGGAAAAUAUAGCAAGGGAUUGGAAUGAGGUUAUCUGGACUAAUGAGGCAAAGCUGGAGUUAGAAGAGAGGCCAGGACACAGGAGACCAACCUUUAAGAGUGGCCAUAGAUCCAUCAUAGUAUGGGGGUAUAUUGCACAUAGUAUGAAAGGUCCACUGAUCAAGCUGGAAUUCCUACCUGUAACUAUGAGUGAGAAGGGCCAAAGACAAGGUAGCGGCCUGGUGCAAAAGAGUAUAUUGCACAGGUUCUUGAAGGGCCUCUGA